AUGAUAUCUAAAAUGAAACUUGAAAUGUUACCAAAUGAAUUAUUACUGGAUUUAUUUGAAUAUUUUGAUUGUAUUUAUCUUCUUCGUAGUUUCUUUGGUUAUAAUAAUCGUUUUAAUCACCUUAUUUAUAUUUAUUUACAAACUCAUCAAUUAAAUCUAGAAUUUAUAUCAAAAGAUAAUUUUGAUUUAAUUUCACAAAAAUAUUUAUCAUCAUUAACUCAUCAUAUUAUUUCACUUCGUCUUUCAAAUGAACAAACACCGAAUUUAUCUAAUCUUCUUUUUUCAUCUAAUUUUACAAUUGAUAAAUUUUUUUAUUUACAAUCACUUUAUUUGCAUUAUAUUCCUUCGCUUGAUAUAUUAAUUGAAAUAACAUAUUAUUGUAAAAACCUUAUUUAUCUUACUGAUCUUACGAUAAUUAAAUGUAAUAUUAAUGAAAAAUUAAAAAAUUGUAUAAAUUUAUUUCAUAAUAUAUGGAAUAUACCAAAAUUAUCCUAUUGUAAUUUAGAUGGUAUUGAAUUAAAAUGUUUUUCAUUAUUAUUUAUGUCGAAAAUAUCAUUAACAAUUAAGAAACUUUUUAUUGAAAAUAUUUCAUGUGAUUUAUCUUAUUUAUUUUGUAUAUUAAAUUGUACACCUAAUUUAGAACAACUUUCUACAACAAUUUAUUCUUAUUCUACUAAUACAAAUCUUGAUGCUAUUAUUCAAUCAAUGAAAUCAUUAAAAAUAUAUUAUCAAGGUUCAAUCGAUUCAUUGAAAACUAUUUUAUCUCAAAUGCCUAAUCUAACUCAUUUAAAAAUCGGAACAUUGGAUUUAAUUAUGGAUGGAAAUGUAUGGAAACAAAUAUUAAAUGAGUAUUUAUCUAAAAUUGAAAUAUUUCAAUUAAAAAUGAAAUUAGAAUUUGAAGGAAAUGAUACUGAUGUCGAAAAAAGUGUUAAUCAAUUACUUGAUAGUUUUAAUACAAGAUUUUGGAUUGAAGAACAUCGAUGGUAUGUGCGUUGUGAUUGGGAAUUAUCAGAAAUAACUACAUAUGCUUUUCUCUAUACACUUCCAUAUGCAUUCAAGACAAUUUAUUAUUUAAAUGAAUGUAAUACGAGAUCUACUUGUGAUGAUGAAGAAAAAUAUCGAUCAUAUAAAUGUGUUGAAAUGUUCGAAAAUAGUUAUAGGAAAAGUAUGUUAUUACAUAAUUUUAAUCUUGU